ACAUCUAGUUGAUUAUUAAUUUUUUGGUUCUGAAGAAGAAUUAUUAUUUUGGCAUACUCCUAUUCCAUGGAACCCGAUGUUAUUGUUUUACCAGGCAUGUGUAUAAAUAGCAAACAGGAAUGACUAGUUACAAACACCUUCAUUUGUUGCUUUAUUAAGAGAUGGAGUCUGUCUGUGUUCUGCUGCUGUUGCUGUGCUGCUGCAGUCUGUCUGGUGCGCAAGUUGUGAGCAGUAGUGAGGGAAACGUCGCAAGCAAAAGCUCUCAACGCGUUGACGACAAAGUAGGAAACAUCUGGAUGAAAGAGCUGCUGGAGAGUGUCGGUGAAGCUGCUGCCACCACCGGCUCCCUAUCGGACAUCUACACUGUGCUGAGAGAACUUAGUGCCAAAGUGGAAAAUCUGGAGAAGGCAUGUAAUGGAAAACCAAAAGUGUCCUUCUCCACUUCACUUAGGGUCAGAGAGGAACAUUAUCACUUCGGACCUUUCGACAAGGACACCACCGUGGUGUAUAAAAAGGUCAUUACAAACAUCGGUGAAGCAUAUAACCCAGAAACAGGUGUCUUUACUGCACCUGUGGGAGGGGCCUACUACUUCACAUUCACUUGCAAUGUUGGGAAUUCAGGGGUGGCGAAUGCAGCGUUGCUYAAGAACGGUGUGAACAUGGCUGCCGUCUAUGAAWAUGCCRACCCAAAAUCCGGUAUUUACCACAGCGGGGCCAAUGGAGUCACACUAGUCCUGGUGGAAGGAGACAAAGUCAAUGUGGUUCUCUGGAGUGGCAGUAGCAUAUUUGACAACAGCAGAAUUAGCAUGUUCAGUGGUUACCUUCUAUUUCCUAUCGAUACUAAGUAAUAGUAAAAGGCUGAUAAUUACAUGGCAUGACUUAGCAAGAAUUGAAAAUGCUUAUUUCAACAUUUCAUUAAAGGAAUAAUCCACUCAAACUA